AUGGCGGCCUGGAAAACUCGCUCCAAUGGAAAAGCCGGGAAAGUGCAUUUUAUGCUUUGGAGAGUCGGUAAUGCCGCCAUUUGCCAAGCUGAUAUCCUCACGCAUCCAAGUCUCAACCUUUCCCAUCCCACCCUCGAAUCCUUCAUCUGGAACACCCUUCGGGUCCAUGUCCAAGGCAAGGCUCAACCAGCAAUCCCCACCACCGAUUCUCCAAUUACCAUUUUUCUCCGCAAGCGUUUCCAUGGCGUUGACCCUGAUUUCCACACUUUUCCUUUCCUUCUCCAGUCCUCCACUUAUCCAUCUCACCUCCAUGCAGCACAAACCAUCCAAGCCCAAGUUCUUCGCUUUGGGUUCGAUACUGACCCCUUUGUGCAAUCGUCUCUUAUCAACGCGUACUCUGCUUGUGGCAAUGUGGGUUUGGCCCAGAAAGUAUUUGAUGAAAUAAACCAACCGGAUUUACCCACCUGGAAUUCGAUCAUAAAUGCCAAUGUGAAAAUAGGCCUGCUACAUAUUGCUCGGAACUUGUUUGAUAGAAUGCCAAAACGAAAUAUUAUAUCUUGGAGUUGUAUGAUGGACGGGUACGUGAGGUGUGGCGAGUGAAAAGAAGCACUUGCGUUGUUUUUGUUUAGGGAGAUGCAGGAGUUGGGUAAAAGGGAUGUGAGCCCUAAUGAGUUCACUAUGUCAGUUGUACUUUCGGCUUGUGGACCUGGUGCACUUGAGCAUGGGGAAUGGGCUCAUGCUUAUAUUGACAAAUGUGGGUUGGAGGUUAGUGUUAUUCUGGGGACAUCUUUGAUUGACAUGUAUGCAAAAUGCGGGAGUAUCGAAAAGGCAAGAUGGGUGUUCAAUAUAUUAGGGCCGAACAAGGGUAUGGCUUGGAGUGCCAUGAUCUCUGGUUUGGCUAUGCAUGGGCACAGUGAAGAAUGUCUGGAGUUAUUUUCAAAGAUGACAUAUCAUGGGGUGAGACCUAAUGCUGUCACAUUUCUGGGUGUGCUCUGUGCUUGUGCAUAUGGGGGUUUAGUGCGUGAAGGGGAGUUUUAUUUUAGGAGAAUGAGAGUAGAAUUGGGUAUUACUCCUUUGAUUCAACACUAUGGUUGCAUGGUCGACCUUUAUGGAAGGGCUGGUCUAAUAGAGGCUGCGUGGAAUACUGUAAAUUCAAUGCCAAUGGAUCCUGACAUGAUCAUUUGGGGAGCUCUUUUGAGUGGAGCAAGAAUGCAUGGGGACAUUACAACGUGUGAAGUUGCACUCGAGAAACUAAUUGAGUUGGAACCCACACAUAGUGCAGCUUAUGUCCUAUCGAAUGUCUACUCAAAAACUGGUGAGUGGAAGGAUGCAAGGCAAAUGAGAGAUCUAAUGGAGGCUAGGGAGAUUAAUUAAGUACCUGCAGGUUGUAGCAUGGUUGAAGUUGGGGGUGUGAUUCACGAGUUUUGAGAUGAGUCGCAUCCAGAGUCAAGGGAAAUACAUCUGAUGCUUGAGGAGAUUAUGAAGAGAUUGAAGGUGGAGGGUUAUGUGGGCAAUACAAGUGAGGUAUUACUUGACUUGGAUGAGAAAAGGAAGGAGAUGGCACUCUCACUGCAUAGUGAAAAAUUGGCUGUUGCUAGUGCAGGUACACCGAUACGUAACGUGAAAAACCUUAGGAUAUGUGGUGACUGUCAUGUCUCUAUAAAGAUGAUUUCUAGGAUUUUUGUUCGGGAGAUUGUUGUUAGAGAUUGCAGUAGGUUCCACCAUUUUGCAAACGGCAUAUGCUCUUGUAAAGACUUCUUGUGA